GUUAUUUCACCAUCGCGAAAGUAGGUUAUUUUGCCCGUGGUCCAUAAUUCAAGAGAUCUCAGUGUGUGCUCGGAUUUUGUCAGAUAUUCAUCCUCUGACUGAGGUAAUUAAUAAAGCGGUUUCUCGACGUCUUCUCCGCUAUCACAUCCGCGCUUCAUCGCAAGUUAACCGUACAGCUCCGAAAACGAUAUAAAUACGAAUAAGAAUAACAGAAUUGACAUUGCUAAGCAAUCUUAUCACGUGCCGGAAAUAAUCUCUUAACGACGUUAGCGACGUCGGCGUCGCUUCUAUAACCACCGUUCAAGCACUUACCCGUCGACCGUUGUCGAGUGUAGACAUCAUUGCAUCGCUGAGAAGAAAAUGGCAAAGCAAGCAGAAAUUAAAUAUACUCAAUUGUUCAUCGACAAUGAGUUUGUGGAUGCUGUGAGUGGUCGUAAAUUUUCUACGAUAAAUCCUGCUAAUGGUAAGGUUAUUGCUGAAAUCGCCGAAGGAGAUAAGGCUGAUGUAGAUAAAGCAGUAGAAGCUGCUAAACGAGCAUUUAAUAGAAAUUCGAAAUGGCGCACUAUGAAUCCAUACGUCCGUGGGCUACUUAUGAACAGGUUCGCAGAUCUUAUUACGCGCGAUUUAGACUAUAUCGCCACCCUCGAAACUCUUGAUAAUGGAAAAACAUAUACGAGUGCUGUACAGGAUAUUCAAGCAAGUGUUGCUUUUCUUCGUUAUUAUGCAGGAUGGUGUGAUAAGAUACUUGGGACUACUAUUCCAACAGGCGACGCCAGUAUUACAAUGACGCGAAAGGAGCCAAUUGGCAUUGUAGGACAAAUCAUUCCUUGGAAUUAUCCUUUCAUGAUGUUGGCUUGGAAAUGGGGCCCUGCCUUGGCUACUGGAUGUACUUUGAUCUUAAAGCCAGCGGAACAAACACCGUUGACCGCGCUUUAUGCGGCCGCUUUAGCUAAGGAGGCAGGCUUUCCAGCAGGUGUUAUAAAUGUCAUUCCAGGUUACGGUCCAACUGCUGGCGCAGCUAUUGCUGAACAUCCAGAAAUUCAAAAAGUUGCCUUUACCGGAUCCACUGAGGUCGGACAUUCCAUAAUGGUAGCUGCUGGUAAAAGUAAUCUUAAGCGUGUCAGCCUUGAAUUAGGUGGCAAGAGCCCGCUCGUUGUUUUCGAUGACGCGGACGUGAAAGAGGCUGCAGAAAUUGCUCAUAAUGCGAUAUUUUCAAAUCAUGGACAAAAUUGUUGCGCAGGAUCACGAACAUUUGUACAUUCUAAGAUAUAUGACGAUUUUGUAAAACAUGCUAAACAAUUAGCGCUUAACAGAAAAGUAGGUGAUCCAUUUGAUUCUAACAUGAAUCAAGGCCCGCAAAUCGAUCAAGAGAUGUUAGAUAAAGUUAUGAACUUAAUCAAUUCGGGCAAACAGCAAGGCGCUGUAGUAGAAACAGGUGGAACUCGCAAAGGUGACAUUGGCUAUUUCGUAGAACCUACAGUUUUUUCAAAUGUUACCGAUGAUAUGAGGAUCGCCAAAGAAGAAAUAUUUGGCCCGGUUCAAACAAUUUUGAAAUUCGAUACCAUGAAUGAAGUAAUUGAACGUGCUAAUCGCACUAACUACGGUCUUGCUUCUGGUAUAAUUACUAAAGAUAUUAAUAAAGCUAUGGAAUUUGCGCAAGCCGUGGAAGCAGGUAGCGUUUGGGUGAACUGCUACGAUGCUAUUACACCGCAAACGCCAUUUGGUGGUUUCAAACAAUCUGGCAUAGGACGUGAAUUGGGAGAAGAAGGCUUGAAGGAAUAUCUCGAAAUUAAAACCGUUUCUAUCCGGGUCGCAAAAGGGAACUAACAUGUGAGAACUAAUGUUUGUGUAUGAUGUCUACACUCUUGAUUUUUAUUAUAUUUUUGUUACGAAUGCUUUGAAUGAAAUUUUUGUAACAGAAUAUUAAUAAAUGAUAUAUGCAAUGGUUCAUAAAAUUUCAGAAA